AUGGAGGCCGGUUUCAUACCGGUUAGUGCCGGCAGUGGCGGUAAUGCGUCGCAAGUUAAUUCCGUGGUGGCGCCACCGGCUAAUGUUAUUCGCGCGCCGGGCUUGAAGCGCGGGAAAAUGGAAGAAGCUAUAUCGGAUCGGUUUAUCAAGUACACAAGUCACUGCAACGCAUUCAAGAACGAAAACUAG